AUGGACCUUAUCGUCCGCAGGCUGGAGAGCGGUGAUUACGACAAAGGCUUCCUGGGUCUCCUGGCCCAGCUGACCACAGUCGGGGACAUCGACAAGACUGCAUUUGAACAGCGGCUCAAGGAGGUGUCAAGCGAUGACUACCACAUUGCCGUGGUGGAGGACAAGGCCAGCGGCAAGCUGGUGGGCACGGCGGCGCUGAUUGUGGAGCGCAAGUUCAUCCAUGCCUGCGGCAAGGCGAGCGGCGUGGCUGCACUCCGCAUGCGGCCGGCGGCAGCAGAGCCCAUGCGGGUCGGCCACAUCGAGGACGUCGUAGUGGACCAGGCGGCACGCGGCCAGCGGCUCGGCCAGAGGCUGAUUGAAGAGCUGGUGCGUGUGUGCAAGGAGAAGGGGUGCUACAAGGUGAUACUGGACUGCGCGGACCACAACGUGGCCUUCUACGAAAAGUGCGGGCUGACACGCAAGGAGAUCCAGAUGGUGCGCUACCUCGAUCGAUGA